AUGUUUCUUUCUUCGCUGCUGUCUCUAGGCGUGCGGCCGUCAGCCCCUUUUCUCGCUGCCGCUUGCUGCUACGUCUUCGUCUACGCUCCCCACUUUCCACCUCAGGCUCUCGCACUGGCCGCCUACAACAUCGCCCGGAUUGUCGCACCGGCCUCAGGGCGUGCUCUCUACUCGCUCGAACAGGGUGAAGCCGCUUCGUCUCUCGAGUCAGACUCUCCCCACCAGGCGUGCCUUGUCCGGUUGCUUCUGACUCAGUCAAUCGCUCUUAAUUCUAGUCCCUCUAAAGCCGUCGGUGGCGCUCUUCCACCGCGUUUUCCUUCAUCUCCUCGUGCCUCAGUCCCUCCUUUCGCGCCUUCCUUCUCUCACGGCCCCGCGGGCCCCGUGUCUCCGCCUGCGUGUGCAUCGGCUCCAAACCCUCGAUUCGCCUCUCCCCUACAACUUCUUGUCACAGCCCUCCUGGAGGAGAUGGCCGCACAGAGCUCCAGGCUCAAGGCGGUCGACUGGUGCUGUGGACUCCAGGCUCUUCAGCUGCUGCUUCCACUGAUCUCACCGUCUAGCUCGGCCGAUGGUACGUCUUCGCCAUCUCCUGUGAAGGGAGCCUCGCGCUCUCCUGGGGGCCUUUCGUUUUCUUCGCGCAACCAUGCCGUUGCACCACACGCAGAGACUCCCUGGAACCGUUUGCCGUCAACCGAAAAACCGGGCUCUCCAUCUUCCCCUCCAGUCUCACCGCACGCUUCCUCCCAGCAAUCAGUUCGUCCUUCUUCGAUGCAGUCGCCGAACGCUUCUGCCUGCCCCGAGUUUUCCUCAGUGCAGCACGAGGUUGUCCGAACGGCUUCGGACUUGGCCGCCCGCGUGGCGCAAAUUGGCCGUCAGGCGUCUCGUCUUCUCGGCUCACUGAGCGACGGAGACCCGUCGGCACCUCUUCUUCAAGCUGUGCAGUCUCUGCUGAGAUUGCUCCCAGCCCAGGUCACCGACUUCCCUGCCUCCUCCCUUUCGAACACAGCUCUCGCCGUGUCAAGACUCCACAAAAUUCUUCUGAAUCUUUUCCCGCUGCAGUCUUCAACAGAUGCCACCGCGUCGCCGAACGCGCUCGCAGGUCCAUCGCUGCCGCACGGGGGCUGGCAGCAAAGCCACGGGAAGGGAAUCGAGGAAGAUUUUAGACCAAGUCUUGCUUCCGGACACCCUCUGCAAGAAGGCAGGAGUCCGCCUUCCGUAGCUGCGAUCUUGGCUCCCGUGUACGUCCGCCUCUGCCGGCGCAGCCGCCAGGCGAGCACAGAAAGGCCUGGCUUGGCCCCUGUCUCGUGCGUCAUUCUUCUUUCUUCUCUCGUCGACGGCUUGCGCGCUCUCCAAACCUGGCCGUGUCCUCCCUCGCUCUCCGCGGAGACUUUAGCCGUUCCGCUCUCUCUCGGUUCCUCAUCUGCGUCUUUCGCAGUUCAAGAGCUGCCUGGGGCAUCUCCGCUUGCAUCUGCCCUAGACAGCGACCUCGCAGCGGAAAUCCUCUCGGUCUUUUCUGCUGUUGUGCCGAUUCUCCUUUCUCCCGCAUCGUCACCUUCACCUCGCGCCUCUCCCUACGCUUCCCCAGAUUGCGCAGCCGCAGCAGAGAGUGCCUCGACAAGAGAAGGACUGCCUUCUGACGGCCAGCCCGGCGAUGCUCCGACGCAAAGCUUCGUUGCUCGCCGACGCCAGCUCGUCAGACUCGCCUGGGACCCGAUGCCGCGGGAUCUGGUCGACCUCGUCGGUUCGCUCUCUUUCAUGAUUGCACGGCUGCGCGAGGCGAGCCAAAACCCCACGCCCGAGCACUGCAGCUCUACCCCAGUGGCGACUUCGCUACCCCCUUCACAGGUCACCACCGCCACGGAAGAUUUGCAGCUUCUUCUCUCGGCUUGUUCGACCUACGUUAUCGAGGCUCUCUCCCGAGCUGCUUUGGCGUCCUCGUCUCGAGGUUCGCCCGACCUCGCGGCUGCCGGCUUCGCGGCGCCCCAGCCGCAGUUUCCUCUGUCGAGGCAGGCUCUGGGUCGAGCUCUGCAGAGCGCCCCGUCCAAUCGCUCGGGAUUGGCGCUGUCUCCUCGGGACGUGUCGACGCUUGCGCUUCAAUUCCGACGAUGCGAAGGCCUGACGCCUGACCUUUUCAGCGCCUUCUCGCAUUUCCUCGGCGACCGAAGCGUCCACCGGCUCCUCACCGGCACCGACUUCUGCUGUUUCCUCGAAGCUCUGGUGCGGCUGGAGCUGCCGGGGACUCCGCAAGAGGACAGCCCAACUCGGCGAACUGGGGCGGGCUCCGGAAGGCCCUCGCCACGCAGUGCGGCGCGAUUUGAAGCGGCAGAGCGCAGCGAGAAAAAAGAGUCGGCCAUCGACGCCUUCUCUUCUGGGACAAAUCACAGGAAGGCCGAAGCGGCACUGAAGCGCGAAGCUGCCCGACUGUCAGUCCACCUGCUCGACGGAGUUCUGCCUGCAACGAUUUCCCGAUUCGACUCGCGAGCACUCUCCAGUUUCGCCUUGUGGCUCGGGCACCACUUCCAGAAUCUCCAAAUUUACGACCAGUCCUCGCCGCCCAACUCAGCCGCGCGCGAGCUCUCGGACACCCGCGUGGUUUCGCCCCUGGCCGCGCAUUCCGCCCGGCCGGCGUAUUCUUCCUCUUCAUUGUCUUUCCUCGAAACGUCCUCCGUCUCACCACGUGCGAAUCACGUGGAUCCUCUGCCUGCGCUGUCCUUGCUGGCCACGCGAGGGCAGUUGGAACGCGCAGCAAACGUUUUCUUGAAGGAGGUUGCUCGUCGAUGCAUGGCGUCGACUUCGGAUCGGUUUCCCUCCGCGGACCCCUCCUCCACUUCGCCUUCGCUGUUCUCAGAGGGCCGUUCCUACACUGCAUUGCUCUGUGGGAUGUGCAAGCUUCCUCGCGCGAUUAUCGCGUCCUCGCUCUCUUUCUCUCCACCGAAACCCGACCCUCGUGAAGCCUCAGCAGGUCCCGGAGACCCAGUUCCUCAGCUCGCUCUGGGGGGGUUGUCUCCUCUAUCUCCGUCGGGUGGAGCGUCCUCAGUGCAGUCCCCCGGGGCUUGGCGCGACACCAGCCUCGCAGGAGAGGCCUUGGGCACACAUUCUGAGGACCUUUCUCCUUCAAGCUGUGGAGCGUGGUCGGAGAUCUUGCGAAUCUUGCUGGAUCCAGGUCGUGUGCAGACUUUCUUGUCUUCCGCCCGGACGACCGAUGCGGAGUUCGCCGACUUCCUCUGGGCGAUUCGCCACUUGCCGCUUCUCCCUGGCUCCACCCGACCGCCCUCGCCGUCUUCUCCGUUCCCUUCUGCCCCUCUGCCUUCCUCUCGAGCUGCUUCGCUUCCACAGCCCCCCCCCGCUGAGGACGACUCGACGGUCCUCUUGCCUGAGCUCCGCGACAACCUCUUGCGAAUCGCUCUGGAGACACUCGGAGCGGAGACUUUGGACCCGGCAUCUCGGAGUGUCUCCUGCCUCUCCCCGUCUUUCCAAACGCGUUCCGCUCUUUCUUCUCGGAUGUAUCCGCCUCCCGCGCAUCUUCCAGUCUCCCCACGCAUGGACCGGCUGAGCCGCGACUCGGAAGCGCUCUCUCGGGUCUUCUUCUACACAGUCUUGCUGGGCGCCACCACCGAAGACGUCUUGAAUCUCUUUUAUCCCACUUUGCUUUCCUGUCUCGCUUCCGGUUCGCCUUCGCGUCGACGCACCUCGCUCCCCGCCUUCGCAGCUCCAGGGGAGGCCUGCCGGCCGAGCCUGUUGCAGCCGAAAGCGCUGAAACCGGUGGCGACGAUUCUCUCUGCGCUGCGCGCGUUCCCGAGCUCCAGCCGCCGAGUGCGAGAACAGAAGGUAGCCGUCUGCGCCGGCGCCCUGUCCUGCCUAGCUGCUUCGUGCUCUUCACUGCCGCCGGUUUGUUCACCAUUUCGAUCCGCUUGGAUGCCGAGUCACGCGCUGCAUGGACACGACACAGCUGGAGCCUCUCUUGUCAGCGUGCCGGGAACCCUCGACUGCGGACAAAUGAUUGAGGCAUCGCUGGCGACAGCAGUCGAACUACGAGUGAAUGAACCUGCAGAGGCAGUCGCCGCUCUCAGCGGGGCCUUCUUACUUUGGGCUCUGCCCCAAGCAGCCACGAAGCCGCUCGCCUCCAGUGAACGCCCGGCCCAGACAGCAACUUCCCUCCCAGCUGGUUGGAUCCCGCUCUCCAUCCGCGUGGCCGUUGCGCUUCGCUCCCUUGACUUCCCCUGUGCUCCGUUUCUCGUGCAUCUUCUCCCGCACCUCGUGCAGUCUCUCUCAGCCGUCCUCGGCAGGUUUCCUCAGAGGCGACAGCAUGCAUCCGGUGAGACGUCUCGGGGUCGAUCCUUCUCACAGGGUGCCAGCGCUCCUUCGCGUCUCCACCCGACGCCCGCGCCGCAUGCCUCUUCUUCGUCGACUCCAGAUUCCGCUGUUCUGCCACCCAGUGUCUUCGCGCAAGUGUCCGAACUGCUGUUCUGCGUCGUCUGUGCCGCGGGGCCUCACGUGCGGCGUGAGCUGGCGAGGCAGGCCGCGCGAAGCGCAGAACGCAAGUUUCGCCGGCCGACGGAGACAGGCGAAUCCGCGAUUCUCGGACGGGACGCCACGCUCAUCCAAACACUCUACUUUGGCGAACCUACAGUAGGACUGCUGCAAACGCUUCUCGAGCUGCGCACAAGCCCCCACGGCGCUCAAGCAAACGACGCCCAGCGCCGGCUCGACUUCCUCUCCGUGUUCCACAUCCUGCAAGACGCUGUCUCCCUCGGUCUUCCCCUGGGAAUCGACUACGUUCGACUGCUGCAUGCUAUCAGUCUGAGCGUCUCCAUCGACGACGGCAGGCACAGUCCCACCCACCACGAGAACCCGACACUUCCUCCGUGCGCCGCGCCUGAAGCAUCUGCUGUGGACGCGGAACGCCAGGUACCGCUACAGACUGAAGCGACCGCCGGCGAGGAGGCCUGGGAUCUGAGGUUCCCCGGCUCAGGCACUGCAGAGCGGCCGGAGAGCAGUGCGCUUCACAAGGAGGUGCUGGCCGUAACGGCGCGCCUCAUCCACCGCGGCCGAUGGCCUCGCAAGGACCGCCAAGGCGAGGCGACUGGGUCCAGUGGAGACAGAGCGAGUUUUCUGGACAAAGGCGAGUGGAGCCUCGAAGACGAUAAAGUCCAGGCCGGAGAUCCGGAACAAGAGUGGCAAAUUGUAUCCGAAUCUCGACUUGGCCGGCUUUAUUACAUAGACAUUCUCGUCACUCGAAACGAGAGAGGCGAGCGGAUCUAG